CUAUCAGUAGUAUAGUAGUUGUUGUUAAAAAGCAGGUGCUUGGUCGUCUGCGUCUCUUUCGUCCCGUAUCAAAAUCACAGCUCGCCAUGUCUUCGAUGCCCGAAGCCUCAGACGCACACGGCCUACUGCAGCCCGGUCAGAUUAUUAGGCCUAUGCUGAAAAAAGCGGACGUGCCGGCUCUCGUUGGCAAGCUGUACGGUCUUACGGUCGUCUCCGUCAAGGAACUGAAUAGUUAUGAUGAUAAGAAUUAUCUCAUUCAGGUCCAGUCCAAGGUCAACAACCCCCACAUGACAGACCUCUGCCCUCAUGGCUAUGUUGUCAAGGUCACGAACUCCCUAGACAGCAAGAACAUACACCUCAUGGCCGCCCAGAACGACAUGAUGUUGUUCUUGCACUCUCGGGGUAUCAACGUGCCCAAACCCGAGAAGAAUGUUCAUGGGACCUACAUGGUGAAGGAGAAGAUGGAGGUCAAUGUGGAUGAUUUUGUGCAGAAUAAUG